AUGUCUAGGCAAGACAAAGCUACCACAGAGCGCAACGCCCGUAUCCUCCGUGACCUCGUCAAACAGCCCGAGAACAAGUCUUGUGCCGACUGCAAACGCAACGACACACGAUGGGCAUCGUGGAACUUGGGACUGUAUCUGUGCAUCCGGUGCUCGGGUAUCCAUCGGUCGAUGGGGACGCAUAUCAGCAAGGUGAAGAGUAUUGACUUGGAUAUCUGGACGCCUGAGCAGAUGGAGAAUAUCCAAAGAUGGGGCAACACGAGGGCGAACAGGUACUGGGAAAGACAUUUGAAGGCUGGCCAUGUUCCUCCUGAUCACAAGAUAGAAUCUUUCAUUCGCUCAAAGUACGAGUCCCGCCGCUGGGCAAUGGACGGUCCACCCCCAGCCCCAGAGACCCUCGACUCUGACACCCCCUCUGCCUCUGCCCCUACCCCCGCUCCGGCAUCCCGCCCCACAUCCUCGGCCCCAACACCUACAACCACAGCCGCACCUCCCGUCCCCGCCCAUCUCCCCAAGACCCACCCUCUCUUAUCGCGGUCCGUCGCUGCCAACAAGGCCUCCCCUUCCAAGCCUACACCAGCUGCCAAAGCGCCCAUCAUCGACCUCUUUGGAGACGACGAGGCUCCUGCAGCUACCACUGCUGCUGCCCCAGCCCCUACCCAAGCACCUGCGGCUACUUCCCCUGCCCCAGCGGCGGCACCGACGGGCAGCUCGAUAUUCGACCUCGACUUCCGUGCCCCCUCCGCCACCCCAUCAUUUACCACCUCCCCCACAUCCUCCGCCCCCGCACCCAGAUCAGCCAAAGCAGACAUCAUGUCCCUCUUUUCCACCCCUUCUCCUUCCGCUUCCGCUUCUGCUUCUGCAGGACCGAAUGUAGCUGGCGGGUUCUUUGCGCCUCCAGGAGGUGUACAGGGGCAGAGCCAGUAUGCCAACUGGGGCGGGGGUGUCACGAGCUCUGCGCCGCCUGUACAGCAAAACCCGACACAGGCGCCUGUACCGACUCAAAGUAAUGUCUGGGGUGGGUUCAACGACCAAGCGGCUUGGGGUGCGCCCCAGUCUGCCGCCCCCCAGCAGCAGCAGGUGCAGAUGCAACCGCCUUUGUAUGCCCAGCCGCAACAGGCUCAGCAAAACGUUUCGGCAAACCCCUGGACACAGGCGGGCGGGGCGAGCGACCCGUGGGCUAGUAACUCUUCUGGCGGCGGGGCAGGGUUCUUUGGUGCUGGGUCUGGGGCGGCGCAGGCGCAACCUCUGGCCAAGAAGGAUGACAGGGAUCCCUUUGCCAACAUCUGGGCGUAG